AUUUUGAGGUUAAGUCACGGAGUACAAGUUGUUUGUGUAGUAGAUUCUUAGCCCUUCUCCUUUUUUGGAAGUGUAGAUAUCUAGGCUAGUGAGUGAAAAGUGUAAUUUUAAAUGGUUUUAAGUUUUUAAUUGUAUUUACUUUGUUUUGAAUAUGGAUAGCAUAAAUUCAAUUCACGACACCAUCGUCAAAAAUCUUAGAAACGAAAAUAGGAUUGUAACGGUAUCAAAGUUGUUUACCCAGUUAGAAACAGACUUGGAAAGAUAUGAGCUUGGCUCACUACUGUUAGAUGAAUUUGAUAUUUCUCCAGCAGUUGAUGGUCCAUGUCAUAAAAACGCUGGCCAAUCGGAAAAAUUGAGAAACGAAGGUAAUUCCGCUUUUCUAAAAGGACAAGAUCUGAAUGCCAUACAGUGCUAUACUUCAAGUGCUGGAUUUGCUCCAAACGAAAGUAGAGAACUUGCUCUAGCGUAUGCUAAUCGUUCAGCGGUGACUUUUGCUUUGAAACAGUAUGAUGAAUGUUUAAAGGACAUUGACCGAGCUUUGUCUGGAUAUUAUCCGGAUAACUUGAGGUAUAAAUUGUACGAACGAAAAGGAAAAUGUUUCAAAUUUACUGGUGACAAUGAAUCAGCCAGGGAAAACUAUAUCAAAUCGCAAGAAUGGUUGGCCAAGUCGAAUCUCAAAAAAGAUAAGCAGGCCAGCUACAAUUCGUCCUUGGAAUUGUCCCUCAGUGACCUUGACAAAGAUUGUGAAAAUAUGGUGGUGGUUCGCUUGGGACAGCUCAGUGAAAAACUGGAACUCUCAUUUCCACCAAACGAUGAAAUUCUUUGCGCUUGUGAUGCGCUGAAAAUCGAAUACUCGGAAGAGUUCGGAAGGCACGUGGUUGCUACCAAAGAUAUUCUGCCAGGUCAAAUACUGGCAAUAGAGCGUCCAUUUGCUUCGAUUCUACUGCCCACUUCUUACACAGAGUAUUGCUUCCACUGUUUGAAACGCUGUCAUUCACUGCUGCCUUGUACAGGCUGCGUUAAGGUGUUCUUCUGCAGUGCAUCGUGCCGUGAGGUGUCAUGGCGCCAGUCGCACUGCAUAGACUGCUCUCUGCUGGAACGCCUCUACAACUUCGGCUGCAGCAAUCUGGAGAUCCUCAGUGUUCGAACUCUGAUCUUGGCGGCAAGGGUUGACAAGUUCUGUGACGUCAUCAAGAUGAUCGAUGGCCUCAACAAGGAUGUCGAUCCUCGUCAGCUCGGAUUUAACGAACAGGGCAAAUACGACUCGUCGGACUACCGUGCGUCGCAUUGCUUGGCCCGCAACACGGAGCUGCGUUCUCCGGCCGACCUGUUCAGGCGGGUGAUCUUCGCUGUGUGUGCCAUCCACUUCAUCGACCGCCAUACCGACUUCUUCGAGAUCAACUCGUCGCCGGCCAAAUAUGACAAGUGCAACGGCAAUGAUUUGCUUAUGAUGCGAUGCCAGGCUGGAGGACUGCUGCUCAGAUACAUGCAGAUCAUUCCGUGCAACGGGCACGAGGUGUCUGAAAUGUGUGUGACCCUGGGAGGCGAGCGGAACAACAACCCCUCCACCAACCUGACCACUGCCCCAACCCCCAAUUACACCCCCACCCCUGAGGAUGAGGAGGACGGCUCGAAGCGGUCAACCAGCUACUUCGACUACGCGUGCAACGAGAUUGGUUCGGCGCUGUACCCCUUCCUCAGCCUCAUCAACCACUCCUGCGACCCGAAUGUGGUGCGUCACAGCUACAACGGAGACGCGGUCGUCUUGUCGGCAAUACAGGGUGUCCGCAAAGGCGAGCAGGUCAGUCAAAAUCACCCAACUUCUGAGUAGUGCGUAACGGUUUCG